CUGAUCGCACCGACACUGAGCUCUCUGCCGCUACCGACACCCAACGGGAGAUGCAGCUUUCGGAACGCGGCGGGGGACGGUGAUCGGUGAUCUGGGUAGCCCGGGCAACCAUCGGUUUCUUCUUCCCAAGAUCGAGGCGUCGGAUGGCGGGCUCCGCUACUUUGGCCUCAGUUGCCUUGUUCGUUUUUCUCUUCGGCUUCGCGCAAUGUAAAACCGUGAAGAGAGACGUAAAGGCACUGAAUGAAAUUAAGGCUUCACUUGGUUGGCGAGUGGUUUAUGCAUGGGUUGGAGAUGAUCCUUGUGGAGAUGGUGACCUUCCCCCGUGGUCAGGCGUUACAUGCUCACAACAAGGAGAUUACAGGGUUGUUACGGAAUUGGAAGUUUAUGCAGUAUCAAUUGUUGGUCCCUUCCCUAUUGCUGUUACAAAUCUCCUGGAUCUUACAAGACUGGAUCUUCACAAUAACAAGUUGACUGGGCCGAUCCCUCCUCAGAUUGGGCAGCUGAAACACCUCAAAAUAUUGAACCUGAGAUGGAAUAAGCUGCAAGAGGCCAUUCCGCCUGAAAUUGGUGAAUUGAAAAAACUGACACAUCUGUACCUGAGCUUCAAUAAUUUUAAAGGUGAUAUUCCUGUGGAGCUGGCAAAUCUUCAAGAACUUCGUUAUCUCUAUCUUCAUGAAAAUCGCCUUACUGGAAAAAUUCCUCCUGAGUUGGGAAACCUAAAAUACCUACGCCACCUUGAUGUAGGCAACAAUCACUUGACUGGAACACUAAGGGAUCUUAUCCGCAAUGGAGCUGGCUUUCCUUCUCUCCGUAAUCUGUACUUGAAUAAUAACCAAAUGAGUGGUGGAUUACCUGAUCAGCUUGCAAAUUUGACGAACCUAGAAAUUUUGUAUUUGUCAUACAACAAGAUGAUUGGACCAGUAACUCCAAAGCUUGUUGAAAUUCCAAGAUUGACCAAUUUGUAUCUAGACCAUAAUGCAUUUACGGGGAGAAUCCCUGAUGGGUUUUACAAGCACCCCUUCUUAAAAGAACUGUAUAUUGAGGGUAACCAAUUCAAACCCGGGGCAAAGCCAAAGGGCAAUCACAAGGUGCUUGACCUGAUCGACACAGAGUUCUUGUUCUAGUAGGCUUUAUUUGAUUUGUUGUUACCUUAAGAUUUAGGAUUGUCCAUUGCCACUAUGCAUCUUACUGUCCUAAUUAGCCUACAAAUAUUAUUUGGUGCAGUUAAUUUUUUUACUCAAUUUCUCACAUGUAAAUUAGAAGUUCUUAUCUGCUUGAGAUGUUCUUGAUUGUACUUUUUAUGUUAUUUAUUUGAAAUUUAGCUUUUUGAAAUCAA